AUGACUACAAAAGUCCUGUUUGUUUCUUUCCUUGUCCUAGUCCUAGCAACUGAUGCCGCCUAUGGGGGUAGCAUUCCGAUCUAUUGGGGCCAAGGUCGUGAGAGUACUCUCAGCCAAGCAUGCUCGACCAAAUUAUAUUCACAUGUUAACAUAGCCUUUCUUAGUAAGUUUGGCAAAGGAAGAACUCCUAUGCUAGAUCUUGCUACACAUUGCAAUCCAUCAACAGGUGGUUGCAGAUUUCUAAGUAACGAAAUCAAGUAUUGUCAAUCGAUUGGGGUAAAGGUCUUACUCUCAAUAGGUGGUAAUGGCGCGGAUUACACCUUGAACUCUCCAAUUGAAGCUAAAGACCUAGCAAAUUAUUUGUGGAACAAUUUCUUGGGCGGCUACUCUCGUACACGACCAUUUGAUAAUGUUGUGCUUGAUGGGAUCGACUUUUAUAUCCAAAGUGGACCAACAAAAUAUUAUGACCUAUUGGCGCGUUAUUUGGCUGCCUACAACACAAAAUCUCCAAGAAAGGUGUACCUAAGUGCAGCUCCUCAAUGCCUCAUCCCAGACAAGCAUCUAGAUGCUGCCCUAAACACGGGCCUUUUCGACUACGUUUGGGUUCGAUUCUUUAACAAUCCUUCAUGUGAGUACACUGCUUGGAAUAAGAAAAACUUCUUUAAGACAUGGAAUUAUUGGACAUCAAUCAAAGCAAGAAAUGUGUUCUUAGGGUUGCCUGCAUCCCCUAAAGCCGCCGACACCGGGUUUAUUCCGGUAGAUGUACUAAAGUCACAAGUGCUUCCUGUUAUUAAGAAAUCUCCUAAGUAUGGAGGUGUGAUGCUUUGGUCAAGGUAUUCGGAUCAAAUUGAAAAAUACAGUCCUUCCAUUAAAUACUACGUUUGAUGAAUUUGUGAAUACUCACAAAUUUAUCAAGAAACUUUACGUUACUCAUGAAUAAGCUAAA